AGUUGAAUAAUGCAAUAUGGCAACGCUGUACACGCUCAUAUGCCGGCGUCUAUUUAAAAAACAAAACUAAAGCAACAUUCAAUUUUGUUAUAUUUAUUUAUUAUACAGUAUGUCUCAGCAAAUACGCGUUUUACAAUGUGUGGAGUGCAGUUUAUAUCAGGUGGAUAUUGUCAAGAAGACAAACAAAUGGGAGUGUAAAGUUUGCCGCUUUAAACAAAUGGUACACAAGGAGUUCUUUCGUGGUUCCGGCGCUGAAUGCCGUGCAAAGGUGCAACAGCUAAACCUGGAGCAUGGCCAAAGGCAACAAGCACAGGAAGAGCGUAAAAUCUUGGAGGCGCUUCAAAAUGUGAAGUGCGACAGUUCUUCGGCUGCGCAGCUACCGCCAUCUCCUCGCAUCAAGGGUCCAAGCAAAUGGGCUGAUUAUGUUGAUGAACCGAUUGCAGUGAAUCGGUUUGGUCCUAAAACACAUUCCCAAGACCAGGAUGAGCAAGGUAAUAUUUCAAUACAUAGAAAGCAAAGUGGUUCCAGAAAGCGAAAUGCUCAAAAUGAAUUUGUCGCUAAUAUAAAAGGGGCCUCAAAAUGGCAAAACUUUUUGUAAAUAAAAAUGCACGCUUGCUUAAAUUGUAUAUGUAGGUAUUUUUAUUAAAA